AUGACGAGCUGUGCGAAUGUGAUUAUUUUGUCCUCGUCCCCGAUCCCCCCGUCGCGUUCCCCCACAAGAAUCGUGGACAAAACCAAAGAACUGGCUGAGAUAUCCCCUCAAGCUGCGACGCCUCCGUCCAUCCCUUCGCCGUCGGAACUAUUCCACCCUCCCUUGUACUCUCGAUUCUUCGAUGUGCCGACUCAGACCGGCGACGCGUCGAAGAAGAAGCGUCAAAGAACGAAGAAGACUAUCGCUUCGGGCUUGAUCGAGGAACAUGCUCCGAAUAUAUUGCGGCAGGAGGAGAGCAAGGCUGCCAAGGAGCUGAGAUCAAACAUGCUGGGAGACCUAGAACCUCAAUCGCUUGAUCCGAGGACCACCGUUGCGAAAAAGACCACCGGAGCGCAGAUAUCCCGCUCCAAGACAAAGUCCAGCUCCAAGACGAAGACGAAAAGUCAAGAGGCUGGAAAUAUGACACUGGCUGGCAAGGUUACCAAGGGGAGCAACAAUACACAAACAAAGAGUACGAAAAAGGCAGGAAAGAAGACAGCUGCGACGAAAUCGCCCCGUAUGGAUUCAACAGAUAAUCCGGAGCCCAAGGCGUCAAAUACCCUGGGAAAUGACGAGGUGCUGCAGCUGGACGAAGCUAUGAGAAGACGCACGGACUGGACGCCACCCAGAGAAACUUCUCAACCGGUGGACAAGACGGAUGACGGCAGUGGGGUUGACAGUAACUGUGAACCAAGCACGAAAAUUGGAUUUAAUAGUUUUCUCUCCGACUAUAACUACUCUGGGUCUGGGUCAGAUUCCCGGGAAGUCCUAUGUGCAACUGAUGGAGGCCCAACCAAAAGAAGACGGAUUGAGCUCGUGGGCCCUCAAUGCCAGCCCAUGCACAGCAGACAUUCGAAUGAUGUUAGCCCUGCCGAAGGAGAUGAAUCGUCCUUAUCCUCAUCUAAAGCACAGCCCAAGAAGCAGAAGCCAAAGAGUCAGAGGCGAUUCACAACCCUGACAGCGCGGAUGACAGCCCAGUAUACCUCGAACGAUCUAGAGGAAGAUCCGUUGGUGGAGGACAUCACUCAGCACAUCGGAAAGUCAAACACUCGACGAAAUAAGAAAAAGUCCAAAGAGAAGGACCCUGAAUUGGUCGUGCUUUCUCCGGAGGCUGCUUUCCAGGCGUUGGAUCAGCAGGAUGUUGUCUUCGGUACUUGCAGUCAGCUCGAAAGAGACGAUUCCCCGGAAACACUACGAGAAAUGCAGCAGGCUAUUAGUGCAUCAGAGAUUUUGGCAUUUGAAGAACGAGCAACCGAUUCUCCUUUGGGCACUGGACGAACAGCGACAGGCGAUUCAACGUCACGUGCUAUGUCUCGAUUGACAGGCGCAAGAAACUUAUGGGGCAUUGCGGGCCGAGACACAGGAGGGUCCUUAGUCCAGGCAAAGAAUGUGCACAAGGUUGAUCUUCCAGACGCAACUCAAGUCAGCAAGAAGAAGGACACAGUCAAACCAAGCUCAAAGGCAAGCAUCCCCGACGAUGACUGGUUUGACCUUGACUAUGGAACAUCUGGCCCUUCAAGGAAGAAGAUAUCAUCAACCGGGAGAGUCUUGAAGCCGACAGCCGUCCCUCAUCCUCCAGCAUCCACUGGACCGGUGCCACCUGCUCAUGGUCCUGAACCGGCAUUGCCAAACAGUCACCCAAUGGGCGAGGUCUCGCAGCAGCCCCCAAUGCCCCGCUAUUGUGGAUUUACAGAUGCCGAGCUCUCAAAGCAGGUUGCCACAUAUGGGUUCAAGUCAGUCAGAGGGCGCAAGAAAAUGAUUGAGUUACUUCAGAAAUGCUGGGAGUCCAAGUAUGGCAAGGCGACACAGCCUCUCGGCGGUUUCUCUCAACUCGAAUCAGCGUCAGAGGCUGAAAGUUCAGCCGCCGUGUCUUCUGCUCGGCCACAGAGCCCAACGGCCAAGUCUAAGGGAAAGACGAAGGCCAAAAGAAAUACAUCUAUACCGACAUCAACUGAUACAACCACACGAAUCGAAUCUGUUGGAAUAGCCAGUCCAAAAAGGACUAAGCAGCAGCACUCAAAGGCUAGAACACCUCCACCUUCUUCAUACAUAGACGUUGAAGAAAUUCAGGAUUCGGAGGAAGAGGCCUAUCUUUCACCGAGCCAGGUGCAAAAACGCUAUACCCAGAUAUUCUCCAAGACCACUGCCUCAGCCCGUGAACCUUCCUUAGAUCUUCUGACCAAGGAACUACGGAGUCCCACAAAGAGUAACGCACUUUCCCCCAAUCCUCUACGCAGUACCAAAUCAUUGUUUCCUGCCGCUGCGACAAAGACGGCCGCAACGGCAUCUUCCACACGAAAUAGCCUACUGGACAUAUCCACCCAGAUUACCGAGGCCGUUCGUGCUCAGCCCGCAUCCGGCAGCCGAAGCCGGCCAACAUGGCAUGAGAAGAUUCUUAUGUAUGAUCCCAUCAUCCUCGAAGACUUCACAACGUGGCUGAACGUCGAAGGGCUUGGCCUUGUUGGCGAGGAUCGUGAGGUUGGCACAGCAUCUGUGAGGGAGUGGUGCGAGGGUAAAGGGAUCUGUUGCUGCUGGAAGAAGAACGCAAGUUGGUGA